AUGGAGGCUGUCCGCGCCCUGCGCUUCCUGUUCGUCGUGUGCGGCUGCCUCGCGCUCCCGCCGCGGGCCGAGCCCGUGUGCCCGGAGCGCUGCGACUGCCAGCACCCCCAGCACCUCCUGUGCACCAACAGGGGGCUCCGCGCCGUGCCCAAGAUCAGCCCGCUGCCGAGCCCCCAGGACGUGUUCACUUACAGCCUCGGCGGAAACUUCAUAACCAACAUCACGGCCUUCGACUUCCACCGCCUGGGGCAGCUCAGACGGCUGGACCUGCAGUACAACCAGAUCCGCUCCGUGCACCCCAAGACCUUCGAGAAGCUCUCGCGGCUGGAAGAGCUCUACCUGGGGAACAACCUCUUGCAGGCCCUCGCCCCGGGCACUCUGGCCCCGCUGCGCAAGCUGCGCAUCCUCUACGCCAAUGGCAACGAGAUCGGCCGCCUAAGCCGCGGCUCCUUCGAGGGCCUGGAGAGUCUGGUCAAGCUGCGGCUGGACGGGAACGCCCUGGCGGCGCUGCCGGACGCUGUCUUCGCCCCCUUGGGCAACCUGCUCUACCUACAUCUGGAAUCCAACCGGAUCCGCUUUCUGGGCAAGAACGCCUUCGCCCAGCUGGGCAAGCUGCGCUUCCUCAACCUCUCUGCCAACGAGCUGCAGCCCUCCCUGCGCCACCCGGCCACCUUCGCCCCGCUGCGCUCCCUCUCCACCCUCAUCCUCUCGGCAAACAGCCUGCAGCAGCUCGGGCCUCGCGUCUUCCAGCACCUGCCGCGCCUCGGCCUGCUCUCGCUCAGGGGCAACCAGCUUACUCACCUCGCGCCAGAGGCCUUUUGGGGGUUAGAGGCCUUGCGCGAGCUGCGUCUGGAGGGCAACCGGCUGAGCCAGCUGCCCGCGGUGUUGCUGGAGCCUCUGCACAGCCUGGAGGCGCUGGACCUGAGCGGCAACGAGCUGUCCGCUCUGCACCCCGCCACCUUUGGCCACCUGGGCCGACUGCGCGAGCUCAGUCUGCGUGACAAUGCGCUCAGCGCCCUCUCCGGGGACAUCUUCGCCGCCAGCCCGGCCCUCUAUCGGCUGGAUCUAGACGGCAACGGCUGGACCUGCGACUGCCGGCUGCGGGGCCUGAAGCGCUGGAUGGGCGACUGGCACUCGCAGGGCCGGCUCCUCACCGUCUUCGUGCAGUGUCGCUACCCUCCGGCCCUGCGGGGCAAGUACCUGGAUUACCUGGAUGACCAGCAGCUGCAGAAUGGGUCUUGCGCGGAUCCCUCAUCGCCUUCCCCGACCGCCAACAGCAGGCGCUGGCCCCUACCCACAGCCGCGGGAGAAGAGAUGACGCCCCCUGCAGGUGGGAUUGCGGAGGAGCUACCGCCGCAGCCGCAGCAGCGGAGGCGAUUUCUAGCCGGGGUGGCCUGGGAUGGGGCCGCCAGGGAGCUCGUGAGCAACCGCAGCGCCCUAAGGCUGAGCAGGCGGGGCCCAGGCCUCCAGCAGCCGGGCCCCUCCGUCGCUGCUGUAGUGGGCCCAGCUCCACAUCCCCUGGACUUGCAGGAGAAUCCGGAGCGGGGACGUCCGACCCAGGGCCAUCCCGCCCACGAGGAGCCCACCCCGACGACCGCGCCCGGCUCUGGGCCACCGCCCGCUGGCGGCCCCUGGCAGCGUGCGGAGAAGCAGCGCCUGGCCGCCGAGCACCAGGAACGCGCUGCCCAGUCAGACGGGGUCGGUCUGCCGCCUCUGGUGUCUGACCCGUGCGACUUCAACAAGUUCAUCUUGUGCAACCUGACGGUGGAGGCGGUGGGCGCCGAUAGCGCCUCGGUGCGCUGGGCCGUGCGCGAGCACCGCAGCCCCCGGCCUCUGGGCGGCGCGCGCUUCCGCCUGCUCUUCGACCGCUUUGGUCAGCAGCCCAAGUUCCACCGCUUCGUCUACCUGCCCGAACGCAGCGACUCGGCCACGCUGCGCGAGCUGCGCGGAGACACGCCCUACCUGGUGUGCGUGGAGGGCGUGCUCGGGGGCCGCGUCUGCCCGGUGGCUCCCCGGGACCACUGCGCGGGGCUGGUCACCCUCCCCGAGGCGAGCAGCCGGGGCGGCGUCGACUACCAGCUGCUGACCUUGGCCCUGCUGGCCGUCAACGCGCUUCUGGUGCUUCUGGCCUUGGCGGCGUGGGCGUCUCGCUGGCUGCGGAGGAAGCUGCGGGCCCGGCGGAAGGGCGGGGCUCCGGUCCACGUUCGCCACAUGUACUCCACCCGACGGCCCCUGCGCUCUAUGGGCACCGGGGUGUCGGCCGACUUCUCCGGAUUCCAGUCGCACCGGCCGCGCACCGCCGUGUGCGCGCUCAGCGAGGCGGACCUCAUUGAGUUCCCCUGCGAUCGCUUCGUGGACAGCGCGGGCGGCGGCGCGGGCGGCAGCUUGAGGCGGGAGGACCAUCUCUUGCAGAGAUUUGCCGACUAG